AUGAAUCAUGAAGCCAGCCAUCUCAUCAACCCUUUGUCAGUGGAGUACUGGGCAUCACUCCCAGGACAGGUCCGUGACCAGGCAUUUGCCUUUGAGUUCGAGCAGGGCCACGUUCUCGCAGCUGUCGAAUGGAAGGACAGGGGUGACGGAAUGGGUGUCCAGCGUCUGUCACUGGAAGCCAAAGUGAACGGGGAGUGGCAGAAGCUUUCCACUUGGGAAGCAGCGAGAAAACCUGUAUGGCAGGUACACAAGAUGACAAUGUCCAUUCGAAGCAGCCUUUGGCGACUUACGUUCCUCCAAAAUCAUGGAGAUGAGAAUCAUCUGGUGGUGCAAGCUGUGAGGUUUGUCAUCAAGCUGCAAAAGACAGAACCGGCACAUAAUGUUGGCUACCCGCAGAAGAUCACCAGGCAAAUCUGGGGCGACCGGAGAUUCACAGACGUGGAGGUCAUUUGCGGUGAGCAGCAUUUCCCUGUGCAUCGUGCUGUGCUCGCUGCGGCAUCCACAGUCUUUGCCGCGAUGCUCGGGGCGGAGAUGAAGGAAUCCCGAGCGCGAGAGAUCUUGAUCUCUGACACAGACGAAGAAUCCGUGCAGCACAUGCUGGAGUACAUCUACACAGGCUGCGUGGCAGAGAGAGCGGGCUGUGGUAUGGUCGUGCUCGGUCACAAGUACGACAUUCCCGGUCUUGUCGAGUACGCGGCACCUGUCGCUCUGGGAAACAUCAACGCAGAGAACUGCGUCAGUCAAGUUCGGAUACUCCGUGCCUACCAUGACGAUGAGAGGCUCGGGCCAGUGUUCGAGGCACUGCUGAACAAGAUUCACGAGAGUCCCCAGAUCUUCAAGUCAGUCAUGCUGGGCUUCUGA